UCCCAAGGAGCAGGGAGCCCGAUGCGGGACUCGACCCCCGGACCCUGGGAUCAUGACCUGAGCCGAAGGCAGACGCUUAACCAUCUGAGCCACCCAGGCGCCCUAACAGUCUUGAUUUUAAAUGGGUGUUUCUGUCCCUCUAAAUAUGGCUUCUUAAGAUGCAGACUUCUUAGCUGAACUUGGCAUUUGAGGAUGCGAGAUGGCAGGAAAGAAACAGUAACGUUACUUCCCCAGAUGUGAGGAAGUCAUUUCUGUCUCACCUGCAUGGAGUCGGCAGGAACUAGUAAUUAGUUGGCUACAGGGAGAAGAGCAGGCUGUGAGAGCAUUUUCAUGAAUGUGACAAUUCUUCAUUGUACUUUUAUUGCUGAGUCCAUUCUGAGUCUUCAGAUUUUAAAGGCUUCUGCAGGCAAGAGCGUGUGUGUAAUGGGGCGUUCAGAAACUCGCCUCUCUGGCACGGCUGCCGAAGCUAAAUCCUUGCCUCUUUGACACUCCUGUUCUAGCUAAGGAUCGUCCAGAUGGAUUUUUGGAUUUGGGCCAAGAGCAUUCAGAUCCAGGGGGACAAGCCAUGGGGCCCCUCCCCAGACCUCAGCCAAGAAACCCAUGAGAGUAUGUGUGUGUGUGUGUGUGUGUGUGUGUGUGUGUGUGUGUGUGUGUGUGUGUGUGUGUGUGUGUGAGGGUGUUGCUCAUGGUCACACUGAGGGUUAAGUGCAGACUCUGAAGGAGUGGCUUGUGCUGCAGGGAGAACUGAGUCAGUAGAGAGGCAAGGCCCAUUCAUGUAUUAGCCAACAUGCAUCGAGGACCUAAUUAGCUUCAUUUUACAAAAGUGGUUUAGAAAGGUUAAGGAACAGACCUGAGUACAUCUAAUAAAUAGCAGAAUCAGUUCUCAAACCUGGGUCUGUUUGACUUUCAAACCCAGGCUAUUAGAUGAAAAGAAGUAAAUAUAGAACAUCAGGGCCCUGGGACCAGGUCAGCGUGUCCUGCCUAGUUUUGCUACUUUCUGGCAAGGAAUUGUUCUGGCUGUGGAUAAAGUUAAAUUGUCCGAUGUAGAUGAGUGUGAGGUUUCCGGCCUGUGCAAGCAAGGAGGACGGUGUGUGAACACUUACGGAAGUUUCGAAUGCUACUGUAUGGAUGGAUACUUGCCAAAGAAUGGACCUGAGCCUUUCCACCCUACCAGAGACGCCACGUCAUGCACAGAAAUAGACUGUGGCACCCCUCCUGAGGUCCCAGAUGGCUUUAUCGUCGGAAAUUAUACUUCUAGGCUUGGCAGCCAGGUUCGUUAUGCUUGCAAAGAAGGAUUUUUCAGUGGCCCGGAAGAUACAGUUUCAAGCUGCACUGCCUUGGGCACAUGGGAGUCCCCAAAAUUAAAUUGCCAAGAGAUCAAGUGCGGCCAUCCUCCGCAGGUGCAGCAUGCACUGCUGGUGGGGAAUCACAGCUCCAGCCCGGGCAGUGUGGCUCACUAUGUCUGUCAGGAGGGCUUUGAGAGCCCUGGAGGAAAGAUCACUUCUGUUUGCACGGAGAAAGGCACUUGGAGAGAAAGUACUUUGACAUGCACAGAAAUAAUUACAGAAAUUAGUGAUGUAUCAGUGUUUAAUAACACCUGUGUGAGGUGGCAGAUAAACCCAGGAAGCAUCGUCUCCAAGAUUGUUUACGUGAUAUACAUGAAAGGACAACGGUUGCACCCUGUGGGAUCAGUUCACGAGGAGACAGUCAACGUGACCACAGACAGCAGGACCCCAGAAGUGUGCCUAGAUCUGUACCAGGGCACCAACUACACCGUGAGCGUGUCCACCGCCCCUCCCUCGCGCUCCGGGCCGGCCAUCAUUGGGUUCCAGACGGCUGAAGAUGAUCUCUUAGAAGAUGAUGGAAUUUUCAAUAUUUCAGUAUUCAGUGAAGCUUGUUUGAAACUGAAGAGGCACCCUAGGAAACUUGGCUCAGAACAAAUGUACCAAUUUAAAGUUCUGGGCCAAAGGUGGUACCUGAAUAAUUUUUAUCAUGCAACAUCAUUUAACUUUACAACAAGGGAACAAGCUCCAGUGGUAUGUUUAGACCUGUACCCAGCAACUGAUUACACAGUGAAUGUCACUCUCCUGGGAUCUUCUGAGCAGCACUCAGUGCAAAUAAUGAUGACAACCGCACCAGCAGUAAAACAGAUCAUCGGUAACAUUUCAAUAUUUAAUGAAACCUGCUUGAGAUGGAGAAGUACAAAGACAGCUGAUAUAGAGGAGAUGUAUUCAUUCCACAUUCAGGGCCAGAGAUGGUAUCAGAAGGAAUUUGCCCAGGAGAUGAUCUUUAAUAUCACUGCCAGGAGCCAGGCUCCUGAGAUGUGCUUGGACCUGUGUCCGGGUACCAACUACAGCGUCAGCGUCCACGCUUUGUCUUCUCAGCUUCCCGUGGUCCUCUCCCUGACAACGCAGAUUACAGAGCCUCCCCUUCCGGAAGUAGACUUUGUCACAGUGCAUGGGGGGCCUCUACCACGUCUGAGACUGAGGAAAGCCAAGGCGAAAAAUGGACCUAUCAGUUCAUAUCAGGUGUUAGUGUUUCCCCUGGCCCUCCAAAGCACAUUUUUUUGUGAUUCUGAAGGGACCACCUCAUUCUUUAGCAACACUUCUGAUGCUGAGGGAUAUGUGGCUGCAGAACUACUGGCCAGAGAUGUUCCAGAUGAUGCCACGGAGAUAUCUAUUGGAGACAGGCUGUACUAUGGGAAAUACUAUAAUGCACCUUUGAAAAAAGGGAAUGAUUACUGCAUUAUAUUACGAAUCACAAGUGAAUGGAAUAAGGUGAGAAGAUGCUCCUGUGCAGUUUGGGCUCAAGUGAAAGGCAACCUGCUGAGCAGAGCAAGGAGAUUCGUCAUUCAUGCUGCAGCAGAUGGUGGGCGUCGCGCUGGGCUCCAUGGCCGUUGUGAUUGUUCUCGCAUUCCUCUCCUUCUCAGCCGUGUGAUUGCAGAUGGGCGCUACGUGUGGGGGAUGCAGUGCUGCUGGGGCAGGUGUUAUGACAGCUUCUCAGGUGCCUGCCUACACAGAGGCCCCGUGUGGCUUCCAUCCAGGUGGUCUGGGUCUGCAACUUUUUCCAUCCCCAGCUUGGCCCCAUUUCUGGAUUCAAGAUGGUGAAUACCUCUGUGGAACCCCCACCAAGAGGAGGAAACUCAGGAAUUGCUGACAUCUUUUCUGCCUACUACACAACCAGUUCUGUGUCCGUGUACUUGAGACCCUUGAUAGAUAGUGUAAUAUUGACCACAGGCUACAGAUCAUGUGGGUUGGACCUUUGUCUUCCUCUGAGUGAUUCCUGAGAGUCAGCUCUUCUGGAAAUUGAAUGCAAGAGAGUCUCUGCACCUUCCUUUAUAGCAUCUCUGGAUUAAUUUGGAACCAUCAUUUUACAAUGAGCAAUGAGAUGGACUUAAGUUUGGGCUAGAAUUUGCCUUUAUGAAGGAGGUCAUCGAAAAGGAUAGAGAUCAUUGACAGAGGCAACUUGUCAAACAUUUUAGAAGCAACCCCUUUCCUAUAAUUAAUUGACAUACUAAUAGAAAGUAUACUAACCUGGCCACUCCAGUAAGUUCCCUGCAAUGUCAGGCAGCGUUGCUUUGAUACAGAUCCAUGGGUCUUACAGGUAUUCAAAAGCCAUAAGUUUUCAUUCAAAUAAAAAUAUUCUGUUAAUUUAGACGGUUCUUCUCUUCCACACCAAAGUUUAUAGCAGUCUUGGCUAACUUUUUUCAUUACUCUCUCUUAAAAAUGCCCUUGUCUUCCUUUAGAUUUGGUGCUCAUGUAGUAACAAUGGGCUGAAACAUUGUCAAGUCCAUGCCCAGCCCAUGUGUUUGCAGGGAAGGGGGAAGAAUGUGAGUGAUGUGAUCUUCCCCUUUACCUACAGCCUCAGUGACUAUGGCUGUUACUUUAUCAUGAACCAUGACACAUUAGAUGUAAGCUGUCCUGGGCCCGCUCUCAACUUGCUGAAUUUACAGAUGGGCGUAUUAGAUUGGACUUUUAAAGCCUGAAUCAGUGUUCUUUAACUUUCCUCCCUAACUGAUGGCGUGACUCCAAGGCUCAGUAAGAAACGAGUGGAGCAGAGGCAUGUGGCUCUCCUAGGCAACAAUGGUAUUCUCCCUCUUCUCCCUCUUUCGAGGCCUGGAGAAUAAAAAGCUUGGGGGAGGCAAGCAGGGGACAGUUCUAGUAUAUGACCUUCGGGCGCAGUGUAUAUGAACGUGGCCCUGGAAUUGUGCAGGGUUGUAGUCCUGCAGAAGAGGGACAGUGUUCCUGACGGGGUGGGUGGGCGGCUCUGUUCUCUCUCCACUAGCUCACUGGGCAUUCGUUGAGGGUCAGAUCUGAGUGGUCUGGGCUGGUGGGCAGAGGAGGAAACGAGAGGAACAAUAGAAACAGGUGGAAACUGUCUGUGAAGCUGCCCUGCCCUGGGAGACCUGGCUCCGAGUAUAUCCCCUCAACUGGGGAGAGUCAGAGAGAGGGAAGUGAUAUCCUGACACUUGGGUGUUCAGGGACAGCUGUUAGCCCCAGGCCCCAUCAGCAUUCGGCAGUAUUCGGAAUAAUUGUCCUUUGUCCUCUGAGGCACCAUCUCGGACUAUAACCUAGGAUCAGCAUUUAGAAACUUUCAUGCUCUCAUCUUAGGUGACUUACAGAGUCGAGCUCUCAAAAGACUAAUACACAUAGCUUUCUACUUUUAAUUUUUAUAUGCAACUAUUCAAGCUCAUAGUAUUUUCACAGUCUUUGAAUGAAAUUUGGAAUCAUUACACAUUAUCGUGGUUAGUGUAGGGUAGGGUCUCUGAUGAGUAAGGAUUUUCCUGGAAGCCUCCUCUAUCCAAAAGAGAAUCUGAACUCCCAUUAUUAUUAUCAUUAUUAUUUUACUGGUUCUGUAAACACCAUAUGUUUCUGCAGCCCCCUUAACUUCCAGCUUUAGAAUUAGCUGCCAAAGAAGUUCCUGUGGUCCACAGGGGAGCUUAGCAAAAUUGUCAUUGAAAGGAAGAAAUCCCACUUGCUUAGUAUCAGAAGCUUCUAGUUAAAAUAACUCACUAAAUAUUGAGUAAAAUAUUACGUAAAAUGUACUUGUGGGUAUAGUGUGGAAGUACAGAACAGUUUAUGAAAGAAUACUAAAAUAACAAAAACACGGACUUUUUCACUGCCUAUGAAUGUUCUAAAUGACAGCCCAGAGUUGCUCAGUAGUAUUACUUAACAAGAGCAGGUGCUGAGCAUUGGCAAGAGGAUGUGCCAUCUUUCUGCAGUUCUAAUUGUUUUCUCAUAAACUUGAGGACAUCCAGAAGUUCUCUAAAUUCUCGUGGUAGCUUUGCCACAAGACUGUUCUUUUUUUCCCAAGCCAAUUCAUGGUUAAGGUGGGGAGGGCAUCUCAGGAGAGCGAUAGUGGGUCUUCCUGGGAGAACGCAGGGUCUGUUUGUCGAAGGACCGGUAGGGCAGCGCUCGGAGUUGGGUUUGCAUGCCACUACAUAAAGCUAGGUCCAAGCUGGGGGUGGAGGAAGGAUCUUUCCCUUAUUAACUGUCUUGGGGACAGUGUGUCAAGUUGAGCUCUGAGACCCGGCUGUGUGCUCCCUUCUAGAUGAAGAGUCAAAACUGGGGGUUGCCCAGCUAGGGGGCUGAUUAUUCCCUGGCUGAUUUGUGUGUGUGCAUUUCUGUAGUUUUGAUUUAUCUCAUUGGAGGUUUUGUUUACACACAUUCUUCCAUCCCCUCCUCACGACAGUUGUGGAUGGUGGGAAGGUCAGCGGUUACCCCAUUUUCCCCACUUUAGACUGGAGAAAUGGGUUCAGACAGGUAUGUGACCUGAAUUUUGGGGUCAAAUCUUCUGACUGCAAGUCUAGUCUUCAUUCCUGGAAUUGGACAGGCCUUGAGCUAACCUUUGAACAGCCCUUUUGGUUUUGGGGAGAAUCAGGUCUUUGCAUUGCCUACACACACACACACACACACACACACACACACACACACAUUUGAACCAUUGUCCUUAACUACUGUAACACAGGCCUUUUUAUAUCUAUGUUUUCACUAUAUGGUAUCUCCCCGCCCCUCCAUCACUUCUAGAAGAGAACACAAACUACCAAACAGAUGGAAGUUAAUUAGGGGAAAUACGUAAUAGCCCAUCUCUGACUCAAGACCUGAAAUUGUAGCUGGGCACUUAACCAAGACCAGAGCAGAAGUGAUUAUCUUGCAAUUCCACAUUAGCUUGGAAUCAAGUUAAUAUUUAAAUUGAUUUUAAAGGAAGUAAAAAAGAAUUCUCAGUGCUCCCUUCUUAUUGCUAACCUCACAUUCAGAUUUUCUAAGCCUUCUAUUUUUCCAUUCUAUUCAUCUGAGGGAAAACCAGUAUCAGUAGUAGUAGUCAAUCAAAUAGUGUGUUAGGGGGCCUUCUGCCUGCCACAACCAUUGUCACUGAACUGAAGUGCACGAUAUGGGAGAGGAAAGAGGGUGUGGCUUUUUCUGCGCCCAAGUUUGUGGGCGGGUGAUACAUUGAAGCAAAUCAGUUAAAAAAAGCAGUGUGCUCAUUGUUUGAGAAAGGGAAUGAAUGAAUCAUUUUGGUGCAUAUCCAUACUUUUUGGGCACAACUCAGGGUUACCAGAGUGGGGUUCAACUACACAUGUUUUGUACUAUUGUUUCUUUCCUUCCUGGGCACAUUUAUUUAUUUAUUUUUUAUGUCAAUAGUGACUAUGUUAAAAGUUUGUGCUGUAGCUUCUUUAACCAAUACUCUUCUGUGCAUGGUGCAUUUAGAAUGUUUCCAGACGUUUGCUAUCCUUAUACAAUUCAUAUGUAUGUAAUUAUCAAAUUCCUGGGAAUGAAAUUGAAAAUGAUAUACAUUUUGUGUUUACUACAUAUUGUCAGAGGAAUCUCAACAGAAAGUUUAUACCAGUUGACAUUUUCACCAGCAGAAAGCCUCAAACACCACUGGGCACUGUUGACCUGUUUCAUUUUGAUUAAUCUGAUGGGUGAAAAAUGAUGACUCAGUGUUUUACUUGCAUAUCUCUAUAUUUGCAUGUGGACUGGUCAUUUGCAAUUCUGUCUUGGUGAAUUAUUUUUUUUCUCAAGUACUUGGCUUGUCUUUUAUUGAUAUGAAAAGCUCUUUGUAUCAUAGUAAUUUUUUUCCUAGCUGUCAUAUUUUGUAAACAAAUUUUCUAAUUUAUCAUCUCCCUUUUGACCUUGUUUGUGUCAAACAUUGCCACACAAAAACUUUACAUUUGGAUAGUCAAAUUUAUCAGUCUUUUCCUAAUCUAUUUUGCCUUUGGUGCCAUGCUUGGAGGGACCUUCCAGUCUCAAGGUAAUAAAUCUAAAUCAACAGUUUAAAAAAAAACAACACGUAAGUCUAUAACCCAUCUGAAAUUUAUUUUAGUAUAAGGAGUGAGAUUCGGGGGGUGGAUCUUUUUUAUUAAGUUGCUAAAUGGUUUAGCCAGUUGUCCUAUUAAUAUUCGUUGACUCUUUCCCCCAGUGAUUUGAAUUAUAUACUGAAUCAUAUACCAAAGUCUAUUUCUGAACGUUCCCCUUUGUUCUACUGAUGUAUUUCUGUGCCAAUAUCACCUGCUGUAAUUUUAAAAUAGGGUUUUUCAUACCAAGUAAAAGUAAGUUACCACUCUUUCUGUUAAUUCUCAGAUUAUCCUCAGCUUUUAUUAUGUAUUUGUUCAGGGAUACAUAUUUAUUGUACAUAAACUAAAGAAUUAUUUGGUCAG